UUUUCUACGCCAUCCUAUAUUAAUGUCAAAGUCUAAAAAGUCUAAAUAGAAUAAUUAUACAAACAUUUCAAACCUUUAUCUUGACCUUAGCUAUACGCGUGUACUUCAAAACUAGAUCCAGUCAAGUCUUGUCUCCCACACAAUUUCAUCAAUAAAUACAUUUCUGAACUCUCCUCUUUCGAUCAAAAUAGUUCCUCAAAAACUUUUCCAAAUGUUCAACCAUUUAGUUUGCGGCAGUUUCCAACACCAACAAGAUCUUGAUUUACCAUGUUCAUCUCCCAAAUCAAAAUCCAAAAGAAAAGACAACCCCUACGCUUCACGAGGCUUGGACAAAUUUUCCACCCUUUUAUCCGAACUUGAUCAACGAAGAAAGAAAGUUUACUCGCAAAUGAACCCUCGUGAUAUAUCUUUUGUUCGUUUUACAUACUCAAACGACAACGAUUUCGUUCCGAUUGUUGUCAAACUCAAAAACAGCAAUCAGAAGAAACACAAGAGCGAAGAACAAGUUAAGGUAAGACAUUCAACGUCGUUCUCAGAACCGAUGGAUCAGAAACAUGUCGAAGAAACAAAGCAAUUACACAGGAUGGAAUCAUCUCACCAUCGUGUUACUAUUGCUGAUAAAGAUGAAAUGUUGAAGAGGCCUUCUUUCUAUGUGCCGGUUGUGAUGAUGUUGAUUUUGUUGUUGUUGACUGUUUUUGGAAGAUCUUUUGCAACGGUUUGUACGUGUGUUGUGUGGUAUAUAGUUCCUAUUUUGAAAGAUAGUUCGAAAGAAAAACUGGUGAAGAAAAAUGAUUAUGUAGCUGAAGGGUUAGUUUCUCCUAGAAGUGGUGAAUCUGAUAUGAGAUCUGGAAAACAUAGACACCAGAAAAGCUGGUGAUGUUUAUGUAACAGUUUUAUGGGUUUUCUUCUUCUAUUUCUAUUCCUGGGUUUGGGAAUAGGAGUUUUUUUUUUUUUGUGUGUGUGUGUAAAUUAUGUGUCUGUUUUCUUGGUGAUGUUCUUUGAGAUAGAUUGAAAAGUAAUUCAAUAAUCUAUUGAGGAUGUUUUCUCCAAGUGUAAAUUAUGGUAGAGAUUAUAGGACUUACAUUUGUACAUCGAAUGGUUGGUUCCAUAUAAGAAAAAUGUAUGGAGUUUUUUCUUGGACUCAUAAUAAUGGAUUUCAUCGUUUUUUCAA